AUGUUCGCUCGACGCCUUGCCACCCAAGCUACCCGAGUCAGGGCAGCUCCUUUCCACAGCACCUCCCGCAACCUCGUCCAAAAGGGCGAUGCGAUCCCCAACCUGGAGGUGUUGGUGGAGAAUUCUCCUGGAAACAAGGUCAACCUGGCCAAGGAAAUCAAGGGCAAGGCUGUGAUCAUUGGUGUGCCCGCAGCAUUCAGCCCCGCCUGCUCCAGCACGCAUGUGCCCGGCUACAUCAGUCACCCCAAGUUGAAGGAAGCGGGACAGGCCUUUGUCGUCUCUGUCAAUGAUCCCUUUGUCAUGCAGGCUUGGGGGUUGACUUUGGAUCCUCAGGGCAAGAGUGGGGUUCGCUUUUUGGGUGACCCAUCUGGCAAAUUCACCGAGGCCCUGGACUUGAGCUUCGAGAGCUCAUCCAUCUUUGGCAAUGACCGUAGCAAGCGGUAUGCCUUACUGAUUGAGGAUGGCAAGGUCAAAGAGGCCUUUGUGGAGCCCGACAACACCGGCGUCAAUGUGUCCGCUGCGGAGAAGGUGCUUGGUUAG